AUGAUGUUGAUAUUAGUAAUUUUUAGCAUUUUAGAAAACAUUAGUAAUUAAGUUGAAUAACUAUUUGUUAGAUACUUCAAGAGUUUAUCAAGAAUUGAGUGAAGUUUAGCUUAAUUAAUCAUCUAAUAUAAUGAGAUGUACUCUGCUUAAUAAAAUUGACUUUUAUUAUCUAAGUUAAAUUUAACCAAAUGUCAACUAUGAGUUUAAAAUACUUGAGUCUCAUUUUGCAGUUGAUAUUUUUGUUGAUUUUUAUUUAAGAGGAGAUUAUAUCAAUAAGUCUAUAAAUAUUAUACUUGAUGGUAUUCUGAUUGAUUAAUAUUCAGUGCAAAAUGAUCAUUCAGUUCCAUUUUGUGAUGAGUAUAUAUUUAUUAUAGUUAAUUUUAAAUAGCAAUUAAAUAUAGGCUAAUACUUAUUUCAAGACUUACACACAUUAUUAGUAAAACUUAAAUUUGGCAUUUUAAUUAGAGAAUUCAAUAAAUUUUUCAUUAGGAAUUAGAAACAUUUAAAUAAUACCAAAAUAAUGUCAUGAAUCUUGUUCAUAAUGUGUUGGACCAGAAAAGAAUUAAUGUAGAUCUUGUUUUAUAGGAGCUUAAUUAAGUAAGAAAACAAAUGAAUGUAAAUGUCCUUCUAUUAUACCUUAUUUAAGUUUGAAUUAAAAUUAAUGUAUAAAUAAAUGUGAAUUGAAUGAAUAUUUUGAUGAAAUUUUAGAUAUGUGUGUAUUAGAUGAUAGUAUUAUAAUGAUUUAAUUUUAGAAUAGGAAUAGAUAAAUUAAUACUUUUGGAACAUAUAUGAUUUUACAGGAUGGUCAAUGAUUGAAAAUGGGAAAAUAUCUCCAUUAAUUGAUAAAUUCUACAUUAAUAUGAAUGAAAAAGGAGUCGGAAAAUUCUUUUCAGGUUAAUCUAUAAAUUAUAGAUUAAAUAAUGCUUAGCCUUAUCAACAAUUAAGAAUAAGAGGAGACAUUUUCAUCUUUAAAUCAUAAUAUUAACCUGAAAUUUAUGUUCAAGUUGAUAAGAUUAAUAAACUGAUAACUCCAUUACACUAUAAAAAUGAGACAGAAUCAAAGGGAUAUUUAUUAUAUCAUAUUGAUUAUAUUAUAGAUGCAUUGCCUAUAUCAAAUAUUACAAUAAGUGUUACUAGUAAUAAUAAUCUACUAUGGGGUAUAAAUUAAAUUGUAAUCAAUACAAUAAAUUGUUAAGCCAAUUGUAAUUCAUGUAAAAGCAAACUCUUCUGUAGUACAUGCAAAAUUGGAUAUUAUCUUUAUUUAGGAAAAUGUGUUACAUAAUGUCCAAAUUAUUCUAUCUAAAAUAAUUAAGUAUGUAAGGAUGCUACAGAGGAAUAUCCAUUAACAACUACUUUGCUUAGAGCUUUUGAUGAUAAUCUUAUCACUAAUUUUAUAGUGAAAAAUACAAAAAGUAUCCAUUCAUUUUAUUAAAAUUAAUUUGGAACAUUUUAUAAUGGUGUCAGAUAUUUUGGUGGAUUAAAAGAUAAUGGAAACUAAUAUUUUCAUAAAUAAUUCAUUAAUCUACCACCUCAUCAUAAAAUUAUUUUAGAAUUAUAGAUAAUGACAUUUGAGUUUCCUUAAUAAAUUACAUAGAACAGUAUCUUAUAUAAAGAGAACAGUGUUACUAUUUAAAUAGAUUAAUAAUAAAUAAUAAAAAUUAAUCCUUAAAAUGAUGAAGUAUAAAAAAUAUUUUCAGAAAUAUAACAUCAAGCAACUAAUUUAAGUAUUGCAAUGAUAUCAGUUACAUCUGCAGAUACGUAUUUUAGUUUUGGUAUUUCAAAUCUCAACAUUAUGAUAUAAAGAUGUUAACCACUUUGUAGAACUUGUAUUGGUCCUGAUAAAAAUGAUUGUACUGAAUGGAUAAUAGAGUAAAAUUCUUAAGAUUAGGAUUGUAAUAGUGGCUUUAUUUUUGAUAUUGAAUAAUAAAAAUGUGCAUUAUGUCCAAUAGGUUGUUAGAAAUGUUCAGACUAAAAAACUUGUUUAAAAUGUGAAGACACUUUCAUUCAAUAAGGUAGCAGUUGUUUUUGUUUGAAUGGAAAUAUUGAUGAAUUCACUUUAGAUUGUUUAGGUAUUUAUUAAAUCUAUUAUUAAUAUUAGUUAAUCCAUCAAUUCCUUGAAAAUAUUUAAAAAAUUCUACAUAUAGAAUACAAUCAUUCCCA